AUGGCUCCGACCGCCUCCAAGAAGGGGACCCAGGGCAAGUCCAGUAAACAGUCUGACCGCCGCUCGGCUAGUCGCCAUUCCACGCCCGUCUCCGCGCUCACAGAUACCUCGCCACCGACUCCCCGCACCGCGACCCCUUCUACGAGCACUGGCGCUACCAUGGCUGCAGAAACGCCUUACCUCCACACCUCGACCGCCGCGUUGAUAUCGUCAGAGCCGAGCAUAGAAGCUCUCAUCGAGAAGACGAGCGCCUCUGGUUCUAAGCCCGGUGACCCUCCCGUGGCGCGCGAUCUUCAUGGCUUGCACGAUAAGAUCCGCGAUUCAGUGAAUCGCUUCAUGACGAAGCGUGGAGAGGUGUGUGAUAGGAGUAUGAGACAGCUUGUCCAGAGGCGGAAAGAGCGUGCGCAGGUAGAGCGAGAGCAGGAGGCUGCGCGUGCGGAAGCGGAGAGAGCGAAGAUCAAGCGUGAGGAGGACGACAAGCGCAAGGAGAAGAAGACGCCCAGUAAGAAGAGGAGUCAUGACGAAAUGGAUGUCGACGAGGAUGCAGAGACCAAGGCAAAGAAAGAAAGCUUGCCAAAUGUCGGUGCGCACGGACUGGCUCGGCAGGACGGUGUUGGUGUACAUCAAGGCCAACCUGCACCGCCCUCGCCGCCUGUUCAACCAGGAACUGUCGCGCCUGAUCUUAUGGACACGGCAGACUCCAACUCAGAAUCAGGCGACUCGCACGCUGAACCUCCCUCGACUGCACCUUUGUACGAGCGCAUCUUCGGCAAGGAUCCUACGAUGGGUCAAGAUCCAAUCAUCUACGACAUCCGCGACUUGGACGACGACAUGAGCUACGAAGAGAAGAAGGCGAUUCUGAAUGUCGCAAAAUGGCCCUCGAGCGAUUUGCGACACCUCACUGCUGGCGAUCCACCCGAUCUUGACUUUACUGCGCAGGCAAACCAGAAGCCGCAGAAUCAAGUCAACUUCACCACAUUCCAGACGUUCAUCGAGCCUUACAUUCGUGCUUACACCGAAGAGGAUGUCGCAUUCUUGAAAGAGCGCCCUGACAACUCGGUUGCUCUCUCAAUGCCCGCUCGUGGCAACAAGGGCUACCGCGACGUGUGGGCAAGUGAAGAUGCUACCGGCACCGAACCACCUCAGAAGCACGUCAACAACCCGAAUGAAGCGAGAGGUAGCAUGGAAGACAUGGAGGACGACUUGGCCGACCAAGACACCAUCAGCAUGGGUCCUGUCACCAGUCGCCUGCUUUCUCUCCUUCGCCCAGCUCCCAACGCCGCGAGACGAGACAAAGACAAGGACGAUCACGACGAUGCUGACACCUCCAUGGUCAAUGGCGACGACGCUCCCGAACCACCGCCUACUGCCGGUGCCGAGGACUUCAAGCCUGCGACGUGCCUACCUCCCGAUGCUCCACGACCACUCAAUGUGCCAUCACUCGACUACGAGACUCUGGAACAGCGCAUACACCAGGAGUUGAAGUACAUUGGCAUCCUCGAACCUAACGAGAAUCCCAAGUAUGAUGCUCACGAAGACGACGAAGUUGCGGCCCGCCUGCGCACCCUCCAACACGAGCUUCGCCGAGUCAGCCGACAGAAUAACAUCCGCAAAUCUCGAGUCCUCGAGUUGACUGAAGAGCGCAUGGCCAUGCAGGAGUACUCCAACAUCGCCGACGACCUCGACAACCAGGUCAACGCAGCCUACCUCAAGCGCAACCGAUCUCUCGCCAAACCCAACAACAAGAAAGGCGGCUCGCAAGCUCGGCCUGGACAGAAAGGCGUGGCAUCUGGUAUUGCUGGCGGUAGAGGUGUCAGUGAUGGUGUGCGUGCACUGAUGCAGAAGAGGCGGGAGUGGAACGAGAUGGUCGGUCCUGUCGUCCAAUACGGUAGACCCGAGAUUCCGGGCGACGACCAGACCAUCUUCGAUGAAGCGAGUAUGAAGCGGUUGGAGAAGCAGGAGAGGGAGGCGGAGGCUGAGAUUGAAGGAGAGUAG